AUGCCCCUCUUUCCCCUCCGUCGAAUCCCUUCGCUUGUCAAACCUGGGCAAUUUAUAUCCCGGUUUUCUCAUACUCCUCCUUUUCGUCGCUUCUACUACGGGCAUAUCAGUGACUCCAAAAUGGCACCACAGCUGGAGCCCUUCUUCAAGCAGUAUGUUGUUUCUCAAAUGGUCGACAACUCGGCAGAGAGCUUCAUUGAUCGUCUGCGCAAGGCCGUCGCAAUCCCCUCAAUCUCGGCUCAAGAUGAGAAUCGAGAGGAUGUGUUCCGGAUGGCUCAGUUCUUGGCCACUGAGCUAGAAGCCUUGGGUGCCGAGGUGCACCAACGGCCGCUGGGUAAGCAGCCUGGCAAGGAACAUCUCGAUCUCCCCCCUGUCGUCAUUGCGCGGUAUGGCAACGACAAGAAGAAGCGCACCAUUCUGGUCUACGGUCACUACGAUGUGCAGCCGGCGCUGAAGGAAGAUGGUUGGGCCACCGAGCCCUUCGAAUUGACCAUCGAUGACAAGGAUCGGAUGUACGGACGUGGUUCCACAGAUGACAAGGGACCUGUGCUCGGCUGGCUGAACGUGAUCGACGCUCACCGGAAAGCUGGUGUGGAGCUGCCUGUCAACCUGCUCUGCUGCUUCGAAGGUAUGGAAGAGUACGGCUCUGAAGGCUUGGAUGAUUUCAUUCAAGCAGAGGCCAAGCAGUUCUUCAAGGAUACCGACGCGGUCUGCAUUUCCGAUAACUACUGGCUGGGUACUGAGAAGCCCUGUCUGACAUACGGCCUGCGUGGAUGCAACUACUACUCCAUCAGCAUCUCGGGUCCCGCUCAAGAUCUUCACAGUGGUGUCUUUGGUGGCUCUGCUCACGAGCCCAUGACCGACUUGGUGAACGUUUUGUCUAAGUUGGUGGAUGCCCAAGGCAACAUCCUCAUUCCCGGACUCAUGGAUUUGGUGGCACCCGUGACUGAGGAGGAGAAGUCUCUGUACGGGGACAUCAGCUACACCAUGGACAACCUCCACGAAUCACUGGGAAGUGAGACAGGCAUUCACCCGACAAAGGAGCGGACACUGAUGGCCCGUUGGAGAUUCCCUUCGCUGUCUAUCCACGGUGUCGAGGGCGCUUAUUCCGCUCCGGGAGCGAAGACCGUCAUCCCUGCUAAGGUGAUUGGAAAAUUCUCCAUCCGAACUGUACCCAACAUGGAGAGUGCAGACGUCAAUAAGCUGGUCUUUGACCACAUUAAAGCGGAAUUUGCCAAGCUCAACAGCAAGAACAAGAUGGAUGUGUGGCUGCAGCACGAUGGCAAGUGGUGGGUUGCAAGCCCGAAGCAUUGGAACUUCAGCGCCGCCAGCAAGGCCGUGGAGCAAGUCUUCGGAGUUGCCCCGGACAUGACUCGUGAAGGUGGAAGCAUUCCGGUAACCUUGACCUUUGAGCAAGCCACAGGAAAGAAUGUGCUGCUCCUGCCCAUGGGAAGCUCGACUGACGCCGCCCACUCGGUUAAUGAGAAGCUGGACCGCCGUAAUUAUAUCGAGGGAACCAAGUUGUUGGGAGCUUACCUGCACUACGUGGCGGAGGAGCCUGUCUCAGCAUAA